AUGGUCUCGGAACCAUUGGAGCCGCCAUCUUCAUCUCCGUCACAGGCACUCCAUAAGACGGCGCCGCCAGCCGCAAACAAUGGUACUGCAGGUAAACCCCCGACGUACGUCAUUCAGAAAGACCAACAUGGGAACCCUGUUGAGCUGUCCGACACGAUCACAUUCCUACGCUCAUAUUCGCAAUACUCGUUCGAGGAACUGCGUGUGGGCGAUUACAGCCGCGAGGAUAUUCAUCCAAUCUCUGGAUCCAGCCACGCUGCUCGCAAGGCUGAGGCACCCCCCUCAUUACCGAUAGCCGCGGAAAUUGAUCGACUGGACUUUAAAUUGGACCUCAGUCUCAUGGAUAGUCUUGUUCCAAACAAGUGUAAACCCGACAAAUCCAAUGCAACUAUCUUAGGAGUCAGGAGAGACAUCGAGCAUGCGCCGUUGCUUUCGGCCCCUGUGGUCACUCAACACGCGAAAGACUUAGUCCCGCAAGUUGGCUUCAUCGGUAACCACCUGGAUGAAGCCGGGCAUGACGUCAGCCUAUUUCACAAUACCAACGUGCCAUUUUCCGCAUUCAUAUGUGGUGUUCAAGGAAGUGGCAAAAGUCAUACCACAGCUUGCUUGCUCGAAAAUGCUUUGAUCCCAUCCAAGAACCUCGGCCGUUUGGAAGCACCUGCUUGUGCACUGGUCUUCAGUUAUGGAAGUUGGAGCACUGGUGGAGCCGGAUUCAGCGUCAGCGAAGCUGUGCAUCUGGCUCGUGCGCAGCCCGAUUUUCCUGGCCAAAACGUACGAAGAAUCACUGUAUUGGUUUCCGCCGACAAUGCAGCGAUUGGAAGCCACUACGAGGAUCCUUUUCGAAACAUCCGCGUGAUCCCGUUCAAACUCAACGCCAAGGCUUUGGACAUCGCUGGGUUGCGCGCAUUGAUGGGUAUUGGCGAUAAGAGCCCUCCGCUUUACAUGGGCCAGGUCGAAAUGGUUCUCAGGAAGAUGUCGCGCACACGGAAAGAUGGAGUACUCGAUUACAAGUCGUUCGCUAAAGAAGUGGACCGGAUAGAUCUCAACGAGGCACAAACGCAAGCCCUCAAACAACGUUUAGCAAUGCUUGAGUCAUUCCUUGAUCUGGAUGGCAAGGCGGCGGAGCCAGAGUUUCUUCCAGGUGAGAUGGUCAUCAUGGAUCUGUCUGAUGCUUUUAUGUCAUCCAGCACAGCUUGUGUUCUCUUCAAGCUGGGCAUGGACCGCUUUCUGCAAUCAUCCGUGAAGAGUAAGAUGGUGGUGCUGGACGAAGCGCAUAAGUACAUGUCCGAUAGUCCAGGAUCCAAGUUUCUCGCAGACAGUCUCUACCACACCAUCCGUGUGCAGCGGCACUUGGGUACCCGUGUGAUCAUCUCCACUCAAGAACCGACCGUGUCCACGGACCUUAUUGCGCUCUGCAACAUGAGCGUCAUUCAUCGCUUUACAAGCCCUACCUGGUAUGCCGCGCUCAAGAGACACAUCAGCGGCCUGGACGACGACAAGGCUCUUAUGCAGGAGAUUGAGGGAUUGGCAACCGGAGAAGCGCUUGUGUACUGUCCCAAUACUGUACUCGCGCAAAAUGACGAUGGAAGCUUGGUGAAGGCUACGGGCCGGCUGCUUAAGAUCAACAUCCGGAAAAGAAUAACGCAGGACGGUGGCGAGUCGAUCAUGGCCGUGUGA